GACGUCGUGAAGGCUUUGACUGCACUGUUCUCUGGUAACUGGUUACGUCGCGUCAGUCUGCACCGAGCCGUCGUUCGAGUUGCAUGUGUCGCGCGGCGCUCUAUCGCCUCCGAUCGCGAAAAAAGUUUAACACACGAAACUUUCUUGAGACUUUCCUUUCAACCAAACACUGUUGAAGUGGAACUGUCUUGUUUUUGACCUUUUUGUCUGGUGACCUUUUCGCAAAACCGGAAUUCGGGUAAAUCGGUAUCCCGAAGAACGGGUUUGGGACCCGGGUCGCAGGAGCGUGUUGUGAUAACUUGAUUUUCAGUGUUUUCUGUGUUGAGUGUGACCGGAUUUUUUCAUUGCCAUUUCACUGGUCCGUUUGUACUGACUAGUCUCUGCCUCUUAAGGUCGGCUGCAGAUAACUGUGCUGUCAAACUUAUCAAGCAUGCCGCCGCCCGCCUAAGGCAUGAGCGGUCGCGGAGCGGGGGGGCAGCGCUGCCAGCUGAUCCUGCAGCGUUGCCUCGCGAUCCACCUCUCCAAGCCGGGCAACGCGCCAGAUGACUUCUGGAUGUACGACUCUGGAUACCUGCUGUUCCAGAGUUUCCUGGCCGCAAACGCAAAAUGCUGGUGGGCGGGGGCCCUCGCAGCCGCUACCGCGGAGCUGCGCUACGCCGGCUACGUAGCCCCAGGGGUCCUCCUGGUGGCGGGGGCCCCGAGAGCAUUGGAGACCGUCCGGGGGGCCUACUCCCGCUCAGUGUUGAAACCACCGCCGACUUACCUCAUUUGUGGCCUUGGUGACAUAGAAGACUGCAUCGUGACGCCUGCGUACCAGGGGCAGUUCACGCCCCUCCCGGAAGCGCUGUGCGACUGCAUCAUGGACCUCACGUCACAGGGGCAAUCCGCAACACUAGAAAGCAUAAGGACAUCGCUGUCAUCGAAGUUCCCUUCAAUGCAGACCCCUUCGCAAGAAGUCGUGUACGACACGCUCGCCCAGCUGAUGCAGGAGCGCAAGAUCUACCAGACCUCGAGAGGAUUCUUCAUUGUCACACCCGAACGCCGCCGCUCCAGAUCAAGGUCCUCCUCUCGCCACCACUCCACGGAGGACGAGUGCAGUUCCCCGCGCACCAUCCUCAUGUCAGACCAGGAGGCUCUGCACCAGCUGUAUGGAGAGAUCACCACAGUGCGUGAUGGCGCUGUCACGCACCAGUGCGUGCAGACCAACCUAGCUGAUGUUAUUUGUGGUGGUAACCCCAAUGACAAAGUCCUCUACGGUAGACCAAACAAACGCCGAAGCGCCUCGUUCCCCGCGCCCCGCUCCCUCGACCGCCGCCACUCGCUGCGAAUCUUCGGCUCAUCCAGCAAAUACCUGCAGCGGUGCGCCUCCACGCGCAGCUUGCACCAUAAGAACGCCAACACGACCGAUAGCUCGUCUUCCACCGACUACCCGCCUAGCGUUGAAUCUGCAUCGCCCAAGAAAGUGUCGUUGCUCUCCCGCUUAUUCAGACGAAGCGGCCGCAGCAAGCAGACCCGCGCGAUGAGCACCUUCUCUGCGCAGUUCCCGCCCACCGAGUGGUUCAACUCCAAGGCGGUGCAUCUGCACUGUGUCGCUACACAGACUGAUUCUAAGGAGUCAUUGCAGAGUCAAACAUCAAUCGUGUCAUCGUACUAUGAUGGUUCGGAGAUCAGCAAUCGGUCGUCGACGCUUCCGAGGAGGCACAAGAGACAUCUCUCCACAGAGUCGGGACUCGCGACUUCAAUGCAAUACGACCACUCGCCCGUUCGACAAUCGAGUCCCAGUUCCGGCAGUCUUCCAAGAUCAACGCUGAGCAGAAGUUCCACAAACAAGACCAUCCUGGACCAUUUUGGGUCACCUCAAAGACACAGCGACCCAAAAUUACGAGAAAGCCCAAAUGGAAGUUUGCGGCGUGUGGACUAUUCAGAUAACGUCAUGUCCACGAGCGGCCCAUCGAGCUUGGAGAGCACGAACACCCAUCGAACACCGAGGAAAGAUUGUAAAAACGGCCAAUCAGACCUACAUAUGAAAAGAAGUUAUCAUACAAGCAGCAGCGGUCACUCCAGCCUAGAGUCGCACAUAUCCGACCGCACUUUAAAACCUUCACCUAGUCAUAGUAAUGGAGGGUCAGGUUUAAGCAGAGCACAGUCACUUGUAAAAGUUCAAAGCCUACAAAGUUCACCUAAAAGUCUGCACAAGUAUAGAACGAAACCGCCCAUUAUUGGCGGCGAAACGAUGAAGAACGGUACAUCACCUAGAACUUCGCCAAAAAACUGCCCAAACACUCCCAAAAAAACUGCUACCCCUUUGCACAACAAAACCCUCGGAUCCAAAGUAGAUAACCCCGCUACCACAUUGCUUUCUAGUUCUAAUUCAAAUAAUUCAAUUACUCUUAAGGUCACCACCAACACCAUGUCCCAAAACGGUGGUACCAACACCAAAGUUUACGUACAAAACUCUCCCGUUCGUUCCGUGAUCACUUUUGAAAAUGGCAAAGUUACCGAGGCCAGUAACGGGAGUAACAUCUACAUUAUUAACGAUGAUAGACAAGUAGUUUCGGUUUCCCAAAACGGAGGAACUAAUCAAGCGUCAAAAAACCCAACAGAAACAUCUUUCGACGUUUGUGUUGAAAAAAAGAAACAAAUAUAUCAAGACGCAGAACCUGUGAAAGUACAAGAAAACAAGUUCAAUAAGAACUCAAUGAACGAUACGGGUAUGAAUAACAACCGAAAACUUUCUUUACAAAUUGGCGGUGUAGCAAAUAACAAUAGUUUUAUCUACAAAAAUCAGUUGAAUAAUACAAACGAAGUUGCGUCCAACCCGGCAUCGCCAGCCAUUCAUAACAACAUCCACAAUGUUGAAUCAUGCGCUAACAGUAAUCCAUCCACACCAACUAAAAGUUACGACAAUGUAAUUGGUUCAUUAGGGAAUUUGAGAUAUCAAAAAAACGCUUUGACGUCCGCGAACAGCGGAUUACAUACGAACAUAAAUUCGAAUAGCGAACUAAAGAGUGUCGAUUUACUAAAGAAAGCAGCAGCUUUACAAAUGUUAAAUGGGCUUCCAAAUGUACAUAAUAGAAUGAGUUCAGAGUCGAUAGCCAACUUAUUGACGAAGGGUAUCGAUCAGAAGCCGACAGUGCUCGGUUCAGAGCCAAAUCUAGCAGUAAAGAAUCAAGAAUUGAUAAAAGAUAUCAAUACUUCAACGGAGAAAAUUCACUGUUUGGAUAAUAAACAAAAACGGUACAGCCUUAGUCAGGAUGGCAAGAAAGAGCACCAGGAUUUUUACAAUUUUCCAAGUCUAAGCGACCUGAGCUUUAAUUUCACUAGUUUAGCUGCACAAAAGAUUUUGAAAGGGGUCAGUAUAAAUAGUGUAGACACAUUGGUGGAGCUGAAUAUGGCGGCCAACGGUUCGGAAAAGCAGAACAACCGCGACGUGGCAGCCGUGUGCACAGACUUUGGCCUUGUAUAGUAUAUAGGACAUUGUUUAUUUUGUUUAAAUGUACAAUAGUAGGGUUAAUCAUUACACAAUGUAAGCUAGUUAAAACUUAUUUUUAAUAACUUCAUAACAUACCUUAGAUAUGCACUAAUAUAUUUAGUUCAAACUUUGUACUCGAGGUUUUGUACUCUCAAUUACGAAAUUACUUACUCCUUAAAAUAUGUUUUCAUGUAUCCAUUUAUGGCUUUAGUCUAUUAACCUACAUCUACAUCAGCGUUUCUUCACCUACUUUUUUGUGGCAGACUCCCUUUAACAAAGGCUUUCCAAAUCAGGCGCCAAAUUCUGGUCCAAAAAAAAUCUUCAAACAAAAAUUUCAAAUAACCGCUACUUCACCUCAAACUCACAAAUUUUUUAAAAACACCUAUUUGUUAGGUAUGCCAAAUAAUUCUGCAGGGUUUUAAAAACAUCCUGGCAGAAUCUUUAAGGGUCUUGACCCCAAAUGUGGUUUUUUUAUGAUGGCCAGGGAUCUGUCCACCCCAGGUCAAGGAAUGCUGAUCUAUACUAUUAAUAUAGAUUUAUAUCAUUCAGUAUUCAUUCAAACUACUGUAACAUUCAGUUAAAUCAUAGUUUGUAACUCACUGCGAAAGUUAUGCGACAAUAACAAUUUAUUGUUUCAUGUGAAUCAAUGGUGGCCUAAAAAUACCCAUCCAAAUGUAAUUUAGUGCCUAUAUUAUUGAGUAGAAAUGUAACCCUCUCACUUGUAGUACUAUGUGUAUCUAAACUUUACUAGCCUUUAGCACAUACCUACCUAUCUAUCUAUCAGAACAGAAAAAGAUGGAUAGAAUCCUAUUAAAGAAUUUGUUUAUUUAAAAAUUCAUACUCAAUAUGAUAGACUCAUUAUUUCACUUUUUAGCCGAAUUCCGAAAAGGAGGAGGUUCAGCCUCAAAAUUCAAAAUAUUUUUAUUCAAUCAGACUUUUACAAGUACUUUUGAACCAUCAAGAGCAUCUACCACUGGUUCAGAAUGCCUUUCAAGUUCUCAAUGCCUUGCCUUAAGUUCUCAAUUCAGCCCAUUUUUGUUAGAUAGUAACUAUAGAGCAAACUUUAAUUUAUAAAUCCAGCAGUAUCCCUUAAUUUAGCAAUGCAUAAGCACUCCAAUCAUAAACAAACUAUUUAAAGAAAUCAAUUUAAUUCCAGUUCAAAUAUGUUACCUCCCAUUUCAUUAGACAUAUUUUUAUACGAUUUUAUUGAACAGUUUAUCUUGAAUCUACUGGUAACUAUCUAUCUUUUUCUUUAGUCUACUUUCUCUUCUUCACACCCGCACUUCUGUUUGUGCCAUCACAAUUUUUCCAGUGAAAUAGUUGAGUACAAACUAGAAAAUACAUCUCUUAUGAAAAACAGAUUCCAUCCAAAGAUGGGAAUUUACUGAGAUGUUAAAUGUAAAUUAUAUGUCAUGUAUUAAGUGCCAUAAACCAUAAUGUUAUGAAAUGUGAUUAACCAUGUUCACACCAAGAGCACGGCUCCUCCGGCUGCCUCGCGCGCAAAAUACUCGAUCGGCAUUCUUCAACCGAGCAAUGUCCAUAUUGCUGAGCAUUUAGAUCGCGCGGCAGCAUCGAAAAUUGAUUUUCAGAAGUACAGCUAUUUAGUAUGGUCAACAUUUAAGGAUCACUGAGGCAGUCUGCAAGAAAGAAAGAAAGAGUAAUGCAUGUUUUUGACUGUCCAAUGUCCAUUGUUUUGAAUCAGUCACAUAUCAAAAAAAUUGAAACACUCCAAAAAGUCGCUCUGCUCACACGUUUUGUACUAGACCCUGUAGACAGAAUGUUGCAGAAUCAAACAAGGUUCUUUGUGCUGAGUGUAUGUGACACAAAGUUUUCUGACCAACAAUUUCUAAUUAUGUUCAUUCAGACUGUCUUCUGGUAUACUAUGCAUGUGAUCAUGAAGAUUAUCUUACUUUACUAUGGUAUAUGACCCAUUUAUUACAUGACCAUACUGGUUGUUACAAAGAUGUCUCAAAAGCCUGCAUGCUUGGUAAGAACAUGGUUAUUCAAACUGUCGGUAUCGGAUGAUUGGUGACCAUUUAUUUUUAUUUGUUAACUGUACUUAAAGUACAGUCGAAAUAAAGGGUAAUAUUUAUUCAUUAGAGAAUAUAAUCGGAAGUCAAUGCAUAUUAACGAUUAAGUGUUCAGUAACACCAUUUGUAAAUGUAUUAACAAUAUAAGUUGAUGCUUUAAU